CCCGCCCCCGCCAGACGUGUGUGCGCGUGUGUUUGCGUCCCGCGCGGGCUGCACGCCCUCCUCCUCCUCCUCCUCCGCGCCUCCCGCCCCCGAGGCCCGGCUGCUGCCCCUGCGCCCCUGGUCCGUGGGGCGUCGCGAGCCGACAUGGGCCGGGAAGAGGAGCUGCUGAGAAUCGCCAAAAAGCUGGAGAAGAUGGUAGCCAGGAAGCACACGGAAGGGGCCCUCGACCUUCUGAAGAAGCUGAACAGCUGUCAGAUGUCCAUCCAGCUACUCCAGACAACCAGGAUUGGAGUCGCCGUUAAUGGGGUCCGGAAGUACUGCUCAGACAAAGAGGUGGUGUCUUUGGCCAAAGUCCUCAUCAAAAAAUGGAAGCGGCUGCUGGACUCCCCUGAGUCCCCCAAAGGGGGAAAAGAAGAGGAAAGAGAAAAAGCCAAGAAGAAAGAAAAAGAACUUGACUGUUCCAAUUGGAAGUCAGAGGCAGGCCUUUCUCCACCAAGGACAAAACAAGGAGAAGAGCCCAAAGACAGGAGAGACUCUGUGGAUUCCAAGUCUUCUUCGGCCACCUCCUCUCCAAAAAGGCCCUCGAUGGAAAGAUCAAACAGCGGCAAAUCGAAAGCGGAGACCUCCCCCAAAACACCCAGCAGCCCCUCGAGCCCCACCUUUGCCUCCUCCAUCUGCCUCCUGGCACCUUGCUACCUCACAGGGGACUCUGUCCGGGACAAGUGUGUGGAGAUGCUCUCGGCGGCCUUGAAGGCGGAUGAUGAUUACAAGGACUAUGGAGUCAACUGUGACAAGAUGGCAUCAGAAAUUGAAGAUCAUAUCUACCAGGAGCUCAAGAGCACAGAUAUGAAGUACCGGAACCGGGUGCGCAGCCGAAUCAGCAACCUCAAGGACCCCAGGAACCCUGGGCUGCGGCGGAACGUGCUCAGUGGGGCCAUCUCCACCGGCCUCAUUGCCAAGAUGACGGCAGAGGAAAUGGCCAGUGACGAGCUGCGGGAAUUGAGGAACGCCAUGACCCAGGAGGCUAUCCGUGAGCACCAGAUGGCCAAAACGGGCGGCACCACCACUGGCCUCUUCCAGUGCAAGAAAUGCAAGAAGAAGAAUUGUACCUAUAACCAGGUGCAGACACGCAGUGCUGAUGAACCCAUGACGACCUUUGUCUUAUGCAAUGAGUGCGGCAAUCGCUGGAAGUUCUGCUGAUAGAACUGCCAGCCAGGAUUUCAGUGAACAAGUUGAGGAAGAACAAAGAGAAAGCACUAAGCCAUCGUAACUGGAGAAAAAAUAAAAUAAAAUGUAAAAUGAAGAAAAACGCUGAACUCUGAAUGGGGUACUAGGGAUCAGAGGGAGAAGCCUUUCACAAAUUAAUCCCCGGUUAUGAAUACUGAUUGGCUAAUAGAGGGAACCCAAUUGGGAUACCAUGCGAAGAGUCUGUGUUCACAAACCUCUUGUAGAAAUCAGAGACUCAGGUGUCAAAUCUUUGACGCGCUGGCAGACCUUUGCUUUGCGUCCCUUCCCUCACAUCCCAACCUCCCAGCCUUUGCUGAAUUGAAAAAUAAAAUAACAGACGGAUGCAA